AUGGAGCCACCAGAGAACCACGAGCUAAGACCUGCAAAACGAAGGCGACUAUCCCCUCCAGAGUCCGGCCCAUACGUCCUUCGCAAAGUGCUGGAGGAUAUUCCUCUUACUACCGAAGAUGGCAAUGACCAGGUUUCCAUAACCUGUGUGGAGUACUGGAGCAACAAUCUGUAUAUUGGAACAUCUGCAGCGGAGGUCCUCCACCUAGUAUCCAUCCCGCCAGAUGACGAGAAUGACGACGUCUCUCCUACCUUCAUCCUUGCCUCUCGACUUCAGCCUAGUGGACAUGCGGUGUCCGCAAGUUCUACCAAUGCACCCGGUGUCCAGCAGAUCCUAGUCCUUCCGGGUCCACUGAAGGCUUGCGUUCUCUGCAACGGCGUUGUGUCCUUCUACUCGUUACCAGAAUUCAGUCCGGCAUUUCCAAACCGAGAGCCAACAGGAGUGCAGUGGAUAGGUGGCAUAGACGAGAAUGAAGGCAGAGAUAAUCCCGAGGGACCGGUGGUCAUGAUUGCAAUGGCCAAACGGAUUCUACUUGUGCGUGUAGGUGAGAAGCUCAGAGCUAUAAAGAACAAUAUCGAAUACCCCCGGUGCUUGAGAUCGAGCAGGAGGGAGACAAUUGCAUGCGUUGCAGACGACGAAAGCUAUGCCUUGGUGGAGGUAGAACACCAGCAGAAGAUACCGUUGUUUCCCAUAUCAUCACUGCCGCCAGACGAUGAUGAGGCCCCGAGCGAUGCCGGCAGGCCUCCUUCUGAAGUCAGCAGUCACGGGCGGAGUACGAGCAUGGGGAAUCUAAUCGGCUCAGACGAGAUAAAACGUGACGCGUCACAGGAUUCUCGCCUGAAGCCUCCAGAUCCUAGCACGACUGGUUCUGACAGAGCACUGUCCCCAAAUGCGACAAUAGAUGAAUCAAGUGGUGAGCACGAUGAGAGUGAACAUUCGAAAACUCGACCUCGAGCCUCAACUGAAGUGCUUCCAGGCAAGCCAACCACCCGUCCACCACAGCCUCGGACCCGACUCAGACCUCACAUACUUUCACCUUUCCCAGCAGAAUUCAUGUUGACCACAGGAACUGGAGAAACUGAGCCGGGCGUUGGCCUGUUCGUCAAUUUGGAUGGUGAUGUUGUGCGUGGAACGAUUGAAUUCGACACCUACCCAGAAGAUUUGCUGGUCGACAAUUUCUGGGUGCCCGAAAAAGAUGGGCCUCCUAUGUCUGAAGAAGAACACAAGAUUAUCGUCGCCCUUCUACGACCCACUGAAUUGCAUCCAGCGCGGCGGCUUGAAAUCCAGAAGAUAGAAAACGCGGCCGAGAUAGCCCAUCCAAGAACUCUGAUCCCUCUUCCCCAAGCAGUCAUCAAGUCUGCACGAGCUGGUUUGCAACAUCUUCUAAGCACACACCAUUAUUCUUUCAAAGAUGCCCGCGAGCUUCUGCAGCUUGUUCCAUUUUCUACGAGUGCACAAGGGCCCCUUUCCCCAGGAUUGAGCUCGGACAGUGAUCCAAGGACUCAAUCCGCGGUCGAACAGCUGGAACAAGAACGGGCACUCUUCGACAGCCAAUCUACCAAUACUCCAGCAGAGCCCUCUUUGGAACUGAUCACCAAACGUGCAGCGGAGGAGGCCAAGCUUGCUCGCCGGUUCGGGCUGGCAUUUACAAGAAAUGUUGUUUGGCACGGCCGGGACUUGUAUAUGAUUCUUCAAAAUCCCCUGAUUGCGCAACUCGAGUAUCGAUUGCUGCUACUUUUGAGUGACGAUAACCUGGCAAAAGUCAAGCCAAGCCAGGUUUUCGGCUUCCUGGCCGCUAUUCAUGGUCGCGAGCCUCAGGAUGAAACUGAAUUUCUGACCUUGAAUUAUAUCAGACAAAAGGCUAGCCUCAUCCUGCUCCUGCACCUCCAAACUCAGCUCUCUGAUAAAUCAGGACAGGAGGACACCUAUAGAGCGGUGGAGAACACGCUGCACGAUAGUGGCUUGGAUCCGCGGAUCGUCCUUUCUCUUGCGCCUCCUCUGGCAUCUGAAGUGCUUUACGGGCCAGAAGGGAUCUGGCUCUAUCAAGGCAUGGCAGAACUUCUUUACGAUUUCCAAACGCCAAUCUCAGGGUUUGAAGAUGCGCCUACGGACUUCUGGAUGAUGAUACGGCAUUUUCUCAUGCUCUGGCAAGAAAAGCGAGGAUACGGAAGCAUAGCCGACGAGAAGUACGUUUUUGACUCCGUUGAUGGUGCGCUGCUUCACGUGUUGCUCCACCUCGAUCAAGCACUGCCAUCAAACAGUCCGGCCCAGAAGUCCGUCAAAGCCAAGCUGAACAACGUAGUUGAUCACUGGAAGGGCGACUUUGAGCGAGCAAUUCUACUCCUAGAAAGGUACGAUCGACUAUUUGUGCUUAGCCGCCUAUACCAGGGUAGGAAGCAAGCGCGCGACGUCCUACGUACGUGGAGACGGAUCAUUGAAGGAGAAAAGGAUGUCGACUUCGGCUCGAACACGGAGCCUGUGCAAGUUCAACUACGACGGUACCUCAACGUUAUUCGAGAUGCAGACCUGGUGCAAGAGUACGCGGUGUGGCUUGCUCAGCGCAAUCCUCCUAUGGCAGUUCAGAUUUUCACCGAUGACACUGCGAAGGUCAAAUUCAAUCCUCAGCAGGUUGUGCCUCUCCUUAAAGAACAGGCACCUGGGGCCGUUCAAGAAUAUCUAGAACAUCUUGUAUUUGGCAAGGGUCUCGACAGAUACGCCGAUGACUUGAUCGGAUACUAUCUCGACUCUGUACUGACAGUUCUCGAGAAGUCAGAAGCUGCACGUGCGUCAUUGGCAGAGAGCUACUCCUCAUACCGUGCGCUCGAGUCUCCGAAGCCAACAUACCUCGACUUCAUCAAUCAGAAUGCACCAGACGAGCCAUGGUGGCAAUCCCGGCUACGCCUGCUCCAGCUACUCGGCAAUGGCGCGUACGCGACGACGACAAACUCAGGUACGGGCAAAGACCUGACUUAUUCGGUCCCAACGGUCUUGAAGCGUAUGGCGCCGUUUUCAGAGUUCCUCGUCUCGGAAUCCAUCAUCCUGGACGCACGGCAGGGUCGACACAAACAGGCCCUUAAACUCCUAACACAUGGACUUGGUGAUUUUGACACAGCGAUACGAUAUUGCUAUUUUGGCGGACCGGCACCUGCCUAUGCUGUCACAAUCGAUGUUAGCGCUCUGCCCCCCCGCGAUGUACAGAUCGAACUGUUCAAUUUCUUGUUCCACGAAUUCCUCGCCAUUCCCGAUACGGAGGAUUGUCUCGAACGCACAAGUCAUCUGCUCGGAAAGUUUGCGACGUUCUUCGACCCGCUGGCCAUAUUGGUAGAUGUCCCCGAUACGUGGGGCGUGGAUGUGCUCGCAGAGUUUCUCGUGCGAAGUUUCCGCGCGGCGACAACGGAGCGAAAUCAAGCCGUCAUCAUGAAGGCGUUGAGUGCGGCGCAGAAUUUGCAGAAGCAAGCCGAGUUCAUUGACGUGUGUGAGAAGAUGGGCGCGAAAUUUGAGCGUGAAGUCGCGCACCACGGCGACAGGGACGAGGGCUCAAUGGACAUUGAAGUUGCUGGCGCACGAGUCUAG